AUGUGUCAACUGCCCAGAGGGUACGACUUUAAGUCGGACCCCGAAAUCUACCACGACAAGUGGUGGGGACCUGAGAGCAUUAAAGAAGACACCAGCAUCACACCCUUCAAGGUCGAAUGGAAGAAGGAGAUGGUUGAAGACUUACUAUACAGGCUAAAUAACAGGCGUCCAAUGACUCCUCCGCUGAAAGGCACCAACUAUAACUACGGCCUGAACACAGACACGAUGAGCUACUGGCUGGACUACUGGGCGAGCAACUACAACUUCACGACGCGGGAAGAGUACUUGAACCAGUAUCCACAGUUCUUAACAAACAUCCAGGGUCUAAAAAUCCACUUUAUCUGGAUCAAACCGGAGGUCCCUAAAGGUAAAUACAGCAUUCCACUUCUGAUGCUGCACGGGUACCCAGGGUCCGUGCGCGAGUUCUACGACGUUAUUGAUGACAUCAUCAAGCCCACUGGCCGGGACUUCGUGGUCGAAGUCGUGAUCCCUAGCUUUCCUGGAUUCGGUUACUCAGAUGCUACCAACUACCCAGGACUCGGUACUGCAGAGAUGGCGUUCAUAUUCGAGAAACUGAUGACCAGAUUGGGUCACGAGCGGUUCUACGUCCACGGGGAGACCACUGUCUCUCAUCACCGCGGGUCGGUGUACCCGGCGGCCCUCAUGUCAGCCGACCUGAUCAGCCGCUUGUACCCGUUGAAGAACACGUUGCAGUACCUCGCGCAGGACUUCGGCUACUUCCACAUACACACUGCUAAACCUGAUGCUAUUGGAUUGUGCGUCGGCGAAACUCCCACGAGUCUCCUGGGCUGGUUCCUGCAUUUGUUCUCUAUAUUUAGCAGGAGAACUAACGGCGACGAUCCCAUGGGAGGGCUGGAGAUAUACUCCCGCGACCAGAUCAUUGACAACCUUAUGAUCUACUGGGACACUGAGACAGCCACCACCUCCAUCAGAAUGUAUGCGGAAACCAUCAAUUUGAGGAAUCUCCGCUCAGGAUAUUUCAGAGUUCCCACGCCAGUUCCGACUAUCGCUGUGCAAGCUCUGGGCGAGAUAUUUUACAUGCCUCCAGCAGCUCUGAACACCAAGUUCACCAACCUUGUGGCGGUGGACGUCCUCGACGACUACGGACACUUCCUUGCUUUGGAACAGCCGAAAAUC